CCCACGCAACCCCCAAGUAUACAAAAAUGGGACCUCACGCACCAGACCGACCUCAACCUAAACUUCAAACACCAGCAGCCUCCGCACCAGCCAUACGAACACUCGCAACAUGGAGAUGGCACGAACACCAAACGCGAAACCUCCUCAAGUUCGCACAGGAAAACCACCCCGCGUGAUGCUCCUGUUCACGUAUUGCUACACCAUCCUCACCACACCAUUUUUACUCGCUCAUUUUGCCCUUGACAUACUUUUGACCUUGUUCCCGCAGACACGACCCAUCACCGGGUGGUCACUUAACCAAGCGGCCCGUAUGCGGGUGGUCAAGCUGGUACUCCUCUACUGGUCCCGCCUGCGUUGGGGAGACCGACUCACUCUUCGCCCCGGCGGCGAACGCAACCGAUUCGAAGUGAUGCACCCACGGUCACCGAAGCUCUACACAGGAGCCCUCUCAGAUGCCGGGAUCCAGCCUGAGGCCAUUGGCGCAACCUGGACACCAGCACGGCCGCCACCCCCAGCACUGGUGCGACCGGAGCUGACCGUGGUGUUGCACUUCCACGGUGGUGGAUUCGCCGUUGGUAACGGGCGUGAUGAGGACACGGGAUAUCUAGCUCGGACUUUGAUUCAGCACAUGGGCUGCAAGCUCGUUUGCACGCCGCAAUAUCGGCUCUCCAGCGGCACCAACGGACGGUUUCCGGCGCCAGUGCAAGAUGCGCUUACGGCCUAUCUCUGGCUCCUCCACGAAAAAGGGAUCCCCGCUCGUCAAAUCGUUUUUUCGGGCGACUCGGCCGGUGGCAAUAUUGCUCUGGGUCUACUACGCUACAUCCACGAGCACGGUGCCGAGCUAGACAUCCCCGCCCCAGGCGCUGUUGCGCUCUGGUCGCCGUGGGUAGAUGUGGGAGCGGCGAUCGACCAAGACAUGCGGCAGUCGCCGAACUACAAGACGGACUACCUCAACAUGGAAUUCGGCCGCUGGGGCGCCGCUUCCGUGUCUGGGAACAUGGACCCGUCAGGACCGUACCUUUCCCCGCUUCACCACCCUUUCACGCCGCCCAUGGCCGACAUGCCCAUGUUCCUCCAUGGAGGCGACCGAGAAGUACUCUGGGACGAUAUACAGGUCUUCGCGCAACGCUACGGGGAUAUUGGCUGGAAAGUGCACCUGGGCGUGUCCAGGCAAUGCCCUCACGACAUUCUCUUGCUCGGCUCCAGGCUUGGGUUUGAGCGGGAGGCUGAGGAGGCAGCGAAGGAGUCCGGCAAGAACUCGGAUAACGGCAUGUUCUUCGACACCAUCAUCAUCGGCGCUGGCAUCUCGGGCAUUAACGCCGCGUACCGAAUCCAAACCGAAGGACCAGCCGAGACAAGUUACGCCAUUCUAGAAGGACGGGACUCACUCGGGGGAACGUGGGACCUGUUUCGUUACCCCGGCAUCCGCUCCGACUCGGAUAUCUUCACUUUCGGGUUUCCCUGGAGCCCGUGGAAGCACAAUGUCUCGCUUGCGUCCGCCGAGCAAAUCAAAACUUAUAUGAGGCAGUCAGCCGAGUCUCAAGGCAUCGAUCAGCACAUCCUUUACCGCCACAGCGUGGCGUCGGCGAACUGGAGCCCGGCGGACAAGAAUUGGGUCCUGCAGGUUGAAGUGACGGGACAAGACCAACCCAUCACUAUCCGGUCACGAUUCUUGCUGCUCGGCACGGGCUACUACGACUACGAGAAGCCCCUGGAAGCGGCGAUUCCCGGCAUUGAGAACUUUGCUGGACGGGUUAUCCAUCCACAAUUCUGGCCCGAGGACUACGACUACAAUGGCAAGAAGGUCGUGAUCAUUGGUAGCGGCGCUACCGCCGUGACCGUGCUCCCCGCGAUGGCUGAAAAGGCGAAACAGGUCACCAUGCUGCAGAGAAGUCCCGGCUACGUGUUUUCCCUCCCAUCAAACAGCAUCAUAACCGCACUUCUUUUCGCGAUCCUCCCCAUCAGCGUGGCUCACUACCUCAACCGCAUCAUGUGGCUUCUCAGGAGCCACCUGACCACCGUUCUCUGUCGGGCAUGGCCCGGGCUGGCCAAGCUCAUCAUCAAACACGUCACCAUCAAGCAGCUGCCGCCGGACAUCCCAUGGGACCCUAACUUCAAGCCGCGGUACAAUCCCUGGGAGCAACGUUUCUGCGCCUGUGUUGACGGCGACUUCUUUGCCGCGCUCCGGUCUGGGAAAGGCAACGUGGUCACGGGCACGAUCAAAACCGUGACCAGCAAGACCAUCGAGCUGGACUCGGGCGAGCGCCUGCACCCGGACGUCAUCGUCACCGCGACAGGGCUGAAGCUUCGGUUUGGUGGCGGGAUCCGAUUCGCGGUCGACGGCCGGCCCUUUGAGUGGUCUGAGAAGUUUGCCUGGAGGGCUGCUAUGCUUGAAGGGGUGCCUAACCUACUCUUCCUCACCGGCUACGAGACGGCAUCCUGGACGUUGGGGGCCGAUGUCAGUGCUCGUCUGUUCGUGCGCAUCCUCCGGGAGAUGCAAGGGAGGAAGGCUACGGUGGCGGUCCCGCGACCGUCGCGGUCCAUGCCGGAUAAGCCCAUGAUGAGCUUGAAUUCCACAUACCUCAAGACGGUGAGGGAGGUGCUACCCAAGGCGGGAACAGGGGUUUGGGCAGCAAAGACGAAUUACUUUGCGGAUAUGGCGCGGGCAAAAUGGGGCAGUGUAUCGACAGAUUUGGAGUUUUCUUAAGCUUGAAAGUAAAUAGGAGUAACCUGACAAUCACAUCACCGUAACCCCG